GGGAAUAAAAUUGUUAAAAUAAAUUAAAUUUUGAAAGGACCGCCUUAAAAUUCAAGGAAAGUUCAACUUUGAAUACAAAGAAACAAACCUGAUCGCCUACCUUUGUACGAAAGUAAAAGUUUUAAGUCAUUGAACACCACUAGGCUAAGAGUUUAGUUGUUUCUUAAAAUAAUAUGUAAAACUUGCGUUUAAAGGAGCCGAUAAUGAACAAUGACUGCAAUAAACGAGAGAAAAAUUAGGGACGUUCGGGACCUGUGGAAUUGCAACAAAGAGAUAGACUCGGGCGAAAAUAUACCGAGGGUAGAGGACAACCGCAGCAAGCACAAAUACAAAACCUUGGAGAGGCACCUCAGCAUGAAAAAAACGAUCAGGAAGAAGAUGAUGCGGGAUUUACGGGAAAUCGGGGACGCCACGAGCGAAGACAACCCCCAAAACCAGACGGGGGGAUUUCUGGACCAAAUCAAGAACGACCAACCUCCGCCUGCUAACAUUGACAAGCCCAGUUUGUGGAAACGAUUGACCAAAGGUUGGGGCCACUAGAAUACACACUUAGAAACUCUGCCUUGCCAAAGUGCAGAUUUAGUGAUAGCAUUUAGCUUUAAGGAUAUGCCGUUCCUAAAUUUUAUUUUUAAUUUUAUUUCAUAUCCAGUUAUCCGUACUAUUCGUUAGAUUUUUAGUAAUUUUUGACUUUUGACGCUGAUAUAAAUUAU